AUGGCAGCUGCCGCCCCACCACCACCACCAUCCGCCGCCCCCAUCACCCUCCCCGAGCCCAAUCCCUCCGUCCACACUCUCUUCUCGCGCAUCCGUCUGGCCACCGUCCACGACGUCCCCCACAUCCACAAGCUCAUCCACCAGAUGGCCGUCUUCGAGCGCCUCACCCACCUCUGCGAAGCCACUCCCGCCGCCCUCUCCGCCACCCUCUUCCCCCCGAACGCCACCCCUCCACCCUUCACCUCCUUCACCGUCCUCCUCCUCGAGCUCUCCGCCUCCCCAUUCCUCCCGUCGCAGGAUCCCCAUUUCACCCCUCUCCUCAAAUCCGUCCACCUCGACCUCCCGAUCGACGAUCCGGAGAAGGAUUCUUUCCGCAGCACCGCAUCUGAUUCCGGUGGCGAUGUCUCCAUCGGUGGAUUCGUCCUGUUCUUCCCCAAUUACUCGACGUUUCUGGCUAAACCAGGGUUCUACAUCGAGGACAUCUUCGUGAGGGAGUGCUACAGGAGGAAGGGUUUGGGGAAGAUGCUGUUGUCGGCUGUGGCGGCGCAGGCCGCGAGGAUGGGCUAUGGGAGAGUUGAAUGGGUGGUGCUUGACUGGAAUUUGAACGCCAUCAAGUUUUACGAGCAGAUGGGGGCUCAGAUAUUACCCGAGUGGAGGAUCUGCAGGCUGACCGGUGAACACCUUCAGGCUUUUGCUCAUAUUAAUCUUUGA